GAAGAUCCACUGACGGUUGCAUGCAGGAUCUGUCUCGGUGGUUUAAUCUUAACCAAGAGCAACCGCUACAAGGAUACGAAAGAGAUAAGAACCUUUGGGGGGGCAAAAAUUGAUUGUUUACUGAGCUAUGAUCUAUUAUAAAUCUGAUGAGCCAUAACAUAAUAAUAUAACUUCUUUUUAGGAUAUGAGGGUGGACCAUUCACAACCAAGUAUAAAUCAUGAAUCUACAUAUUUUGGAUUAGAUAUCUGGGCAAUAGUUGUUUCCUGCUGUUCCUCAUCUCCUUUAAGAUCAAUCGGAUAAAAUGGCAAUAGACUUGCAUGAUUCUAGUGGGCCUUAGCCAGAUUGGCCAUGACCCCACCAACCCACAUGCCCAUCCCAUCCUUUACAUUUCAUGCUUACCCUUUUCUCCUCUAUUAAACCCCCUUACUUUUAGGACAACAGAAUAAAAGACACAUCAAAGUUCAAAGAGGGAGUAUCAACUCUUGAUACUUCAUUUAACUGCUUUCGUGCUUAUGGAGGUUGCUGUGGAACUGGAAAAUGACCUAUUUUUUGCAGACUUGAGCAAGCAAAUUUCUCUCCUAAUUAUGGAUGAAGAUGAAGACCCCCUUGCUACUUGUCCUCCUGACUCUCUUCAGACUUUUUCUGGAUCAAUCUAUCAUCCUCCACAAUCUGCUUUCCUCUAUGAGCAGGCUUUGAUAAGACAAAGCAAAGGGACGGGGGUGUUUAUCCCCCAAUCCACACAGCCUAGAAGGAAGCACAGGAAAGGAAGAUCAAGCUCAAACGCAAAGUAUCGAAAGCAGUCUCAAGAUACAAGAACGGUUUCUCAAGUUCCUAUAACAAGUUCUUUCAAACCCAAAAAUGGUUGAAGAUAUAUAUAUCUUCCCACAAAACUGCAUAAGUUCUAUUGAUUAAUUACUUUGCCAAGUUUAAUGACUUACGGGACUAAUUCUUUAGUCUUUAGGCAAUAAUCUAUGGUUAUAUAGUUUGAAGGAUUCAUGCAUGUAUAGGUCAAUAUGCGUUGACUAAUGAAGCGACCAAAUUAAUGUAUAUAAAUUAAGUGGGGGAUAACCCCUAUCUUGUGAACUAGUUUUGGGGAUCGCCAAUAUAUACUUGCUAGUCUUUAUAGCAAGGUUUGUAACCCUUCACCGCGUGCACAAGCACAAGCGUGAUUAAUUAUUGUUAUCUGCUUUGAUGAGAUUAUCCUUGUUUUCUAUAUCA